AUGCCGACUCUUGCAUUGAUCAAUUUCAAUAUCGUCUGUGCUACGCUUGGAGGCUUUGUAUCCCUCUUCGGCCUGGUGUCAUAUCUAUGCAAGGAGCGAUUCUAUCUCUCGGAAGCAUUGAUCUCAUUGCUAGCCGGAGUCUUAUUUUCACCUCAUGCAGCCAAUUUUAUCAGGCCCGAGGACUAUGCGUUACACUCCGCGGCAAACCUCGCGGAAAUUACUAUGCACUUUACCCGGCUGGUGCUGGGCGUGCAGCUAGUCUUGGCCGGUGUCCAGCUUCCUAAACGCUACCUGCAGAUUGAAUGGCGGAGUUUGUCUCUGCUGCUUGGCCCUGGCAUGGCGGCCAUGUGGAUUUGUAGCAGUCUGAUCGUUUGGGCCAUGGUUCCGAAUUUUAGUUUCCUCCAUGCUCUGAUUGUGGCAGCAUGUGUGACCCCGACAGAUCCUGUUCUGUCCAAUUCCAUUGUCAAGGGCAAGUUUGCGGACAAGCAUGUCCCACGCCCCCUGCAGCGGAUUAUUGUCGCUGAAUCUGGUGCCAAUGAUGGUCUGGGCUACCCAUUCCUUUUCUUUGGCAUCUAUCUUCUCAAAUACACCGGUAUGGGUGGUCAGGGAUAUAGCGGUGGGGCAGGAAAAGCCAUGGCUUUGUGGUUCUAUGAGACUUGGGUGUACACCAUCAUCUUGAGUAUUAUCUAUGGAGCUGUCGUUGGUUGGUUAUCGAGAAAGUUACUCCACUGGGCUGAAGAGAAGCACUAUGUUGACCGGGAGAGUUUUCUGGUGUUUGCUGUUUCCCUUGCUCUCUUCAUUGUUGGAACAUGUGGGCUUAUUGGUACCGAUGAUCUUCUGGCAUGCUUCAUCGCCGGAAAUGUGUUUACUCACGAUGAUUGGUUCCGCCUCGAAACGAUAGAUGACUCUCUUCAACCAACCAUUGAUAUGCUUCUCAAUCUGUCUAUGUUCAUGUGGUUUGGUGCGGUUUGCCCGUGGUAUUCAUUCUUGCACAAUGAUAUCAUCCCCAUCUAUCGGCUCAUCUUUUUGGGGAUUCUCAUUCUCCUUGUUCGUCGGAUGCCGAUCAUAUUCGCCAUGCAUAAAUACAUCCACCAGAUCGAAGAUCUUUCUCACGCCGCCUUCGUGGGAUUCUUCGGCCCGAUUGGCGUUGGUGCCAUCUUUUAUCUAUCGAUCUGUCGAGAGUUCCUGUUGGAGAUCACAGUUGAUGGUCAAGUGCGAGAAGAUGCACAAAAGGUGGCAGAUACUGCCUCCAUUGUGGUGUGGUUCCUUGCUAUUUGCAGCAUUAUCGUACAUGGACUAUCCGUUCCGGUCGGCAAAGCCGGUUACCAUCUUCCCCGCACCCUCUCAACCGCCAUUACUGCGAGUAGUACCACGGAAACUAAUUCUGUACCCAUCGAAGCAAUUCGGCGUACUCACAGCACUGCCACACCCAUUGAGAAUGACUCUUCGAGCUUCCGAAGCCGCAGGCGCCGACAGUAUUCUUCGCCCACUCCACCAUUGUUCCGUCUUGGUCGUUCAAAGAUUCCUCCUCCAUCGCCUUCCCAAGCCAAUCCUGGUGUUGGACAAACCGAUGAACCAGAGAGACCUGUCAACCUGGUCAUUCACGAGCCAACGCCAAAUGCGGGCAGAAGGCAGAACGAUGCGUCUGCUUCCCCUUAG